AUGGGUGAAUCUUCCAGUGCUAGUUCUGAUCCUUCUACCGAACAUUCAGAUGACAAACGCAACAUCUCGCGUCAAGCCGGCCGGCCCACUGGAUCCUCAUCUCGACCUUCAAACCCUGCCCAAUCAGUCUUCGCGAACCGUGAUGGCGCUGUGCAGCGCUCGUCAGAAAGUCUCAAAGCUAAAUCUAGAUCGAACCAAAAUCGAAAGAGUGGACCUACGGCAGCGACGCCUACAAGCUCACUUCGGAGAAUUAGUCCCCCAGCGGCAGAGACUGGUCCGAAUCUCAAGGAGGAGCGCGGGUUGAUACUGGAGACGGCCAAGAAUCCAAUCAAGGUUGCUGAAAGAGGGAUACGUUUGCUGUGCCUCGACGGAGGCGGCGUCCGCGGGCUAUCCUCGCUCCAUAUCUUGAAGAAGCUCAUGGAAACGAUCGACCCUGGCCGGCCGCCUAAGCCGUGUAAAUACUUUGACAUGAUCGGAGGAACCAGCACUGGCGGCAUGUUCGACCAAGUCUUCAAAAAGAAGAGACUUCCGGUUACAAUCGGGGGCAGAAUUCAAGACCGGUUUGAUACGCAAGCAUUGGAGAAGGCAAUCAAGGAGGUCGUUCUUAAUCACUUCGUAUGCGCGACAAGGAAAGAGACAGCCCAGUCGAUGCAGUUCAGGAGCUAUCAGUCCGCCCGCGGCUCUUCUGACCUGUUGCGGAAGACGAAGAUCUGGGAGGCGACAAGAGCGACUUCGGCAGCUCCGUCUUUCUUCGAUCCGAUCAAGAUCGGCGACUAUGAUGAAGAGUUCACUGAUGGCGGUACAGGCGCCAAUAAUCCCGUCCGAACUCUUUGGAUCGAGGCCAAGAACACUUUACUAGGGCCAGGCGAGGCGCUUGAAAAAAACCUCAACCUGUUAGUCUCCAUUGGCACCGGUGUCCCUUCACUCAAGCCUUUCGGUAACAGUCUAUUGGAGAUCGCAAAGACGCUGAAAAGCAUGGCCACAGAGACCGAGGCGACAGCGGAGUCGUUCCAUCGGGGUCAUUCAGAACUUGAUGACAACAGCCAGUAUUUUCGUUUCAAUGUGACCAAGGGUUUGAAAGACGUUGGACUGGAAGAAGGGGCCAAGAAAAAUGUAAUCAUGGCCGCGACAGAAAGCUACGUUGAGUCCGAGACUAUAAGAAGACAGAUGUCGCGCUGUGGAAAGCAUAAAAUAGAAAAGAACUUCUGGUCAGGACCCAGUGAAUCUGUUAACAAUAUGCACUGGACGGUGACGCGCUCCCUUAACAAUCUUUUCAUCGGCCGAGAGUCAGUUUUGAACACGAUUGAAGAGUCUAUUCGACAUACCCUGCGAGAUAUCAAACCUACUGGACAGCAAAGAUUCGUCAUCACUGAUAUGGGAGGGCAGGGUAAAAGCGAGAUCUGCCUGCAGCUUGCCGAUCGCGUCCGUCAACUAUUCUGGGGCGUCUUUUGGGUCGACGCCAGCACCGAGACGUUGGCCGAGUCUGGCUUUUUAAACCUUGCCGACAAGCUUCAGAUUGCAGCGCAGACGUUAGACGAAGCUCGACAAGGGCUUGCCAAUGUCAAGAAGAGAUGGUUGCUUGUUCUGGACAACGCCCAUGAUCCCAAGAUCGACUAUCAGCGUUACUUCCCAGCGGGAAUCGCAGGGUGGGGUGAUGUUGACAUCGCGGAACGAGGAAUGCCACCAGCCCGAGAACUGUUACUUCGGGCUGCUAGGAUUCCCGAUGCUCGGCGCUUAGCGGUCAAGGGCGAUGCUCAGGUGGUGGUAACCCUUCUUCACUCACAUCCUCUAGCCUUGAUCCAAGCCGGUGCGUACGUAGCUCAGGGCCACUGCACACUAGCGGAGUAUCCGCAGAUCUUUGCACGGCAGCGAAAGCGACUGCUCAAGUUUUCACCGACUCAGGCGCGCUCACGCUAUGGAGACGUGUAUGCGACGUUUGAAGCGUCGGCAGAGAUCCUCCGAGCUUCGGCCGAGGCCAUGCCGGCAUCGUCGACAACGGAGUCGGCCCGAGAUGCGCUAGAGUUGCUGCCGGUGCUGGCCUGCUGCGGACCCACUCGAUUACCUCUGCCGGUGUUUGAAGCAGGAUGGAGAGGCGCGCAAGAGAUCAGUCGAGAUCAGGCUGACAAGUAUGAUGAGACCCUUGCCUUGACGGCGUGGCACGUCUCCCGUCUGCCGUCGCUUAUUCGGGCCCGUGCAAACACGUGGGACUCUUAUCGGCUGACCAAAGCGAUUCGCUUGUGCAGAACACUGGCUUUGAUGUCGACUGACACUCAGGACGGAGUCAUGAGUGUGUCGAUGCACCCGUUGGUACACGCGUGGGCAAGAGAUCGGGCAAAUGCGGCGGAGCAGCAUAAGGGUUGGUUGACGACAGGGUGCCUAAUGGCCGUCUCCCGCAGCGACGGCGAGCUGUGGCGGCGACGUGGACGGCAAUUGCAGCCUCACAUGCAGACGUUGACGCUUUGGGACAGCAGCAAGAUGUUCGGCUCUGAGCCGGCGAUGAAGAUCACAAGCAUCUUGGUGGAUUGUGGGCGGCUGCUGUAUAGGAUGCGAGAUGACGCCAGGGUGUUUGUGCUAAUGAACAAGUUGCUCGCUCACCUAGGCUUGGAUGGACAGAAAGUGGAAGAAAGAUGGUUAGUGGUGUACAAGCUUACUGCUAAGAAUCUCAUUAACUAUGGAAAGGUCGGGAAGGCAGUAUCGCUGCUGGAGCAGGUGAUCAAGAUCAAGGAGCUGACCCUGGCGGAGGAUCAUCCGUUACGACUGGCGUCACUGCAUGAGCUGGCGGGAGCAUAUCAAGCGGACGGACAGAUUAAGACGGCGGUGCCGCUGCUGGAGCAGGUGGUCAAGAUCCAGGAGCAGACUCUGGCGAAGGAUCAUCCGUCACGACUGGCGUCACAGCAUGAGCUGGCGAGAGCAUAUCGAGCCAACGGACAGGUCCAGAAGACAGAGUCGCUGCUGGAGCAGGUGGUCAAGAUCGAGGAGCAGACCCUGGCGGAGGAUCAUCCGUCGCGACAGGCGUCACAGUAUGCGCUGGCGAGAGCAUAUCGCGCGAACGGACAGGUCACGGAAGCGGUGUCGCUGCUGGAGCAGGUGAUUAAGAUGACCCUGGUGGAGGAUCAUCCAGAUCGACUGGCGGCACAGCAUGCGUUGGCGAUGGCAUAUUGCGCGAACGGACAGGUCACGAAAGCGGUGUCGCUGCUGGAGCAGGUGGUCAAGAUGCGGGAGCAGACUCAGACGAAGGAACAUCCAGAUCGAUUAGCGUCACAGCAUGAGCUGGUGAGAAUAUAUCAAGCGGACGGACAGAUUAAGGCGGCGGUGCCGCUGCUGGAACAGGUAGUCAAGAUCCGGAAGCAGACGCAGGCGAAGGAUCAUCCAGAUCGACUGGCGUCACAGCAGGUUCUGGCUACAACCUACUGGGAUCUUGACCGCCACACCGAUGCGGUCCAGAUGAUGAAGCAUGUUGUUGCGAUUAGAAGUCAAGCGCUUGACAAGAAGCACCCAGACCGGAAGAACUCCGAAACUUGGCUCGAGAUUUUCGAGGAUAAGUUGCGCAAGCUCACGACUACAUAA